AUGCCAGGAGAUGCACCAGAAAAUGCCCCCAAGAUGAUCAUUACCGACCAAGAUCCUGCUAUGACUAAAGCCAUUUCAGAAGCACUCCCACAAACAUUUCAUAGAUAUUGCAGUUGGCACAUUCUUAAUAAAUUUUCUGAGAAGCUAGAUGCGAUUAAAUAUCGGGAUUCCUACCAAGACUUUCAUAGCUACAUAUGGAAUUCAUGUAGUAGAGAGGAGUUUGACUCAAGAUGGAUUGAAAUUAUUGAGAAGAGUGGGUUGAGUGAUAACAAGUGGCUGGAGUCGAUAUACGAAACUCGUUCAUCAUGGAUACCAGCAUAUGUCAAUCAUUUUAAGAGGGAACUUAUUCACCAAUGCCAUUCUGAGUUAGAGGAGGAUCAUAUUAAUAUUGAUGAGAAGGCAAAAACAGUCAUGUCCCUUGACAUAGAAGAUCAUAUGGCCAAGUACAUCUUGAAGAGAUGGACUAAAGCUGCAAGACAGAGAGUUGUGAUAGAUUCUGAUGGAAUGGAGAUAAAAGAUAACAAAGCUUUACUUGCAAGAAGGACUAAACUAUUCCAGCAUGCUAAAUAUGCAAUUGAUAAGGUUAUGGUGAGUGAUGAGGUUACACAGCUCUUUAUGGAAGCAUUGGAUGCUUUUUUGGAGAAUAUUAAACCAUUAAUUAGUAAUGAAAGUGGACAAAGUGCAGUAGGUUCCAAAGUGACCAAGACUGAUACUAUUCAGCAUGUUUUUAAUAAACCAGAUCAAGUGAGAGCAAAAGGGUGUGGGAGAAGGUUGAAGGAAGGAAAAAAGAAGAAGAAAGUUAAGGUAAAGGACAGUCAAGGUAGGCAAUGCCAUGGAUGUGGACUAUUUGGUCGAUCACAUGACAAAAGAAAUUGUCCAACACUUCAUGGAAGACCUGCUAUUGAUAAAGAUGGGGAUUCAAGUUCCACUAGUAUGGAUGAGGAUAGUUGUUCAUCAUCUCAUUUCGCAUAA